GGAGUGGGUUCUCACACUAUCACUCUAUGAAGGUUGCCUUCCUGAUUGCAUGCAGGUGUGGCAAUUUAAAGUGACUCACUAACUGAAUCUAUUUUUAAAUUAAGAAUUUAUUUUUAAAUUAAGAAUUCCCCCCCCCCUGGGCUUGAAGCAAUGUUUGGACUUUUCACCAUUCUUGUAAAAACAAAACUGGCAUCAAAUAGAUCAGUAGUGAAUAUGCUGAGAUUCAGUGAGUGAGUCACUUUAAAUUGCUACAGCUGCAUUCAAUCAGGAAGGCAACCUUCAUAGAGUGAUACAGUGGUCCUUUGAGAACCCACUUGUCCUUGAGCUAGAUCCUUGUGAGGAAGUCACAGGACUUUUGGGCACAAACCUUCAGCCCCAUCUCCUGCCCUUUCCACACGGAAGGCAUCCCUGACUUUUGCCCCGGCCCAUCCCUUGACCGACCGUCUCAGCAGGUGGAAGAACUCCAGAGGAUCAUGGCCAGCGUCGAACUGACUGAGCUGGAGGUGGCCAUUGAGAAAAUUGUUUCUGCCUUCUUCACGUGUGCCAGCCGUGAGGGUAAAAAGAACACGCUGACAAUCAAUGAAUUCAAGGAGUUGGCCACCACGCAGCUCCCAAAUUUCAUGAAGGACGUUGUGGAUCUCGAUGAGAAGAUGAAGAGCCUGGACGUCAACAACGACGAGGAGUUGAAAUUCAACGAGUACUGGAGGCUCAUUGGGGAGCUGGCUAAGUGCAUCAAGAGGGAGAAAAUGGAAAAGAAGAAGUGAGCGGGGUGUGUGUGUGUUUACGUGUGUGCGUUUGCAGGCGAGGUGGAUGGGGGUGAACAGAACACUGUUGGAAGGUGCUUGGGGGGAUAAAGAAGAGGAUUGGAUCACGCAGAAAUAAAAAACUGAUGUUGUUCCAAGGUCGCAAAUAAAAAGUGCUUCCUCUGA